CGAAUCCACAACACCAAGCGUUGGAGUACUAAUCACUGGUGAAGGCACGACAAGUUGUAUUGAAGACCAGCAACCUGUGCUGGAGCAGGUUGGCGAGCACCAGCAAGUGCCAGGAAUAGCUUCUUCCGCAACCGUCCCGGCUGGCCCGGCACAGCCUACCAACGGAACCGCCCCAGCAGCGUGUGCCGUUCCAGCAGCAGUGUGCCCAUUGCAAAAUGAGAAUACUUCAUCAGCCGACGCAGCUUCCCAAGACGAGGGCACAGCCUCCACCAGGAUUGCGACUGACAGAGGGUCGGCGAAUGGAUCGGGCGAGAACGCUGCAGGCAUUGUCUCAACUACCUCUCUGCAACAAAGCGCGGCUGCUUCAUCUCCGCCGCAACGGACCACUGUGAGAAACGUUGAGGAUGAGGUGGUGGUGGAGCGGAGUCCGAAGGGACGGUUUUUGCGGUUCAAUCGCAGACUCGGUGUGGAAUCGUAUAAGCAGGUCUACCUCGGUUUUGACACUGAGACCGGUCGCGAGGUGGCGUGGAAUGUCAUUCCCUUCACAAGGCUGACAGGGACCGAGCGGAACCGGAUUCAGGACGAGAUUAACAUCACGAAAUCGCUGGACCACCCGAGAAUCAUCCACUGUGUGAACGCCUGGAAGAAUCCUGUAUUGUUAUGUUCAAAUGAUUUUGCUUGUUUUUCUCCAGCGAUCAUCGAUCACGCUUCGACCCAGCUCCGUGGCCAACGCCGUUAGGGUUUUCGGAUUUAGCAAGUUUAGACCUCGUCCUAUUUUGCCUUUAUGGCUCAUUCAGUUUCUUUGCGCGUUCUCUCGCACUCGCUGUGCUUUGUGCAAGAGUACUAACAUUCCUGCUCGUGCUGCUGUUCGCAACACAAAUUUAAAUUAACAUCUACAACACCAACUUAUUCAAACCAGCAACGCGAGGAGAUUUAUAUCAUCACGGAGCGUGUCACCGGUGGUUCCCUCCGGAACUACGUGAGCCGGCUUGCUGGUCCGUUGAAGAUAAAGGUGAUCCGCGAUUGGGCGCGCCAGAUUUUAGAGGGGUUGCAGUACCUACACAGCACAAAGCCGAAUCCGGUGAUCCACCGGGAUCUGAAGUGCGACAACAUUUUCAUCAAUGGGAACGUCGGGGAAAUCCUGAUCGGCGAGUUGGGAUUGAGUUCCUGGCUGAAGAAGGACGAUAGCAGGUUGCAGUCCAUUGUCGGGACUCCGGGGUUUAUGGCCCCAGAAUUGUACGACGAGAGAUACGGCACCCCGGUGGAUAUUUACGCCUUCGGGAUGGUUUUGGUGGAAUUAGUUUCCCGCCGGUUCCCCUUCGCCGAGUGCCACACGUCGCUGCUGGAGGUUUACCUUAAGGUGAUGAAGGGGGAGCAACCAAGAGUUGUCAAGUUGAUCAAAGACCCGAAUCUGCAAGACUUGAUCCAAAAAUGCCUAGAGAAGGACCCGACUUUGCGACCCAGUGCGGAGGAAGCGGCCAACCAUCCCUUCUUCAAU